AUGGGAGUUUGGGGAAUACGCAUUGUCUGCAACAGCCACGAGGUCUCUACAGAUGUCAGAAGCAUUGAGACCUGCAUCAGGGAUAUCCCACAGCUGUGGAUCAUCGAACCGGCUCUCGGAACCCUGACAAACCUCCUGCGGGUGGCUGUGACCUGGGCCAGGCUCCCGUUCUAUCUCACGGUUAGCACAUUGCCGAAUAUUGAACGACACCUGCGCGAGCAAGCUCUAGUAAAGGCUCUAAGAUCUGCACGAAUCGCCGUUUAUGACGCCUGGCUAUUCCAACAGAAGCCACAGUUACUCGCUUCCCCAUGGCUCCCACAGAGCCAGCGUCCCCGAGAAGUGGCACCGGUCAAUUUCGACCGCGUUUCGUGCAAUGUAGCUGGGAGGCACAAGUAUAAAUAUGGACAGCCAAUAGAGCUUCUCCGGCGUCGUCUAGAAGACUCCUGCAUCGCACUUGGACUUGGACAUCUACAAUACACCAUGAAGUACUUUGCCGUAUUUGCCGCCCUCGCAGCGACCUGUCUCGCACAGACCACUAUCACCAUUCAGACUUCGUUGGCCAACAACACGGUGUCCCCUGGCCAGAACUUCACCGUUGAAGUUACCAAGCCGGUCGAGCCCACCCCUUCUGUCGAGGUGGCUAUCGUUAUCGGCCUGGUUCAGUGCCCAGACAACAACUGCCAGGACCCGAGCUUUAACAUCUCGCAGGACAUCGGCUCGACGCUCUACUACGGGCCGUACAACCCGCAAUACGACAGCAUCACUCCCCCGGACCACAAGCCGCCCUACCAGAACUUCACCGUGCAGGCCCCGAUGCAGCUCGUUUCUGGACAAUCUCUGGCUUUGAGCGUCACGCGGCUGGCUCUAUUCGAGGUACAUCCUAAGCAACCGGAGUUCUACCUCACUGUUCACAUGGGUGAAGGCGCCUCUCUCGACACACGCAAACCUAGCCCACAAGCGGCCUUCUGCCGACCACUUACAGCAUCGCGCAAGUCAUGCAAGAUCAUGCAAGACGUCCGGAACACUCCGAUCACUUCUCCCGAAGUUGAGGUCGGAGACGAGCUAAGCGCCAAUGGGCACUUCCGUAACCUCCUUGUCAGUGUCCAAGCGCUUCUGUGGUUCGAUCAUGGAGAUACUGUCGCCGCCCAGGGUCAUUUGCGCGAUCCGGAUCAACAGUCAAUUGUCGGAUCUGCGAAAAAGGAGACACUGCCCACUUGGACGCGUGUGGUCCGCGAAUUCGGAGGUUGGCCUUUACAACUGAUCUACAGACACACCUUGGAAGUAUCUGUUUCGACGGGAAGCUUCGGUGAGAAUAGAAGGUUCGCCGUUAUUGGGAGUGGUGUGAACGCUCACGAAUAUGCGUAUUUCUUCAAGCCUGCCGUAGCCCAGAUUGGACCACUGAAGACGCCUCAGACAGUGUGCGGGUGA